CCGGUGCGCGUGUCAAUAGUGGACGCGGAGCCGUCCGAGUCGUAGCCGAGCGCGGGGUUUAGGGUUAAUUUCUCUCCGCGGUAUUCCAAGCGGGUUGAACAAUAAGCUCUUUAUCAGCAGCGGAUAUGUCGGAGCAAGAGAAGCACCGGACGAGCGCGAACAAGCCGAUCGAGUUUGAGAGCGUCGUGCCGAAAAUCAGGCAGCAGUUGUUAAGAUGGAACGGCUGGGGCUACAAGGAUUCCGGGUUUCGCCUCAACGACAGGAGCGUGAUAGAGUUUAUUGGUGACAGAUAUCCCAUUGGAAACCGGGAGCUUCCAUAUUUCACAAAAUGGUGCGAAACAACUUUCGAUAUAAUAUGGGAAAUGAAGAACACGCCUCAAAAUUUACCGAAGGACUUUCCAGAACCAAUUCUUUCUGCAGAAUUGUUAGAAGCGAUCAAGGAAUUGACGAUCGACUAUUCAACCAAUGGUAUCGAUCGUCUGUUUCGAGCACACGGUCACACGUUGCGAGAAAUUUAUCUUUUGAAGUACAGCUCCUUCGAAAGGAUACCGGAUAUUGUCCUGUGGCCCAAAUGCCACGAGGAUGUCGUCAAGAUUGUCAAUAUGUGCGCACACUAUGGGGUCGUUUGCAUACCUUUUGGCGGUGGAACCAGCGUCAGCCGCGCGACGUGUUGUCCUCCGGAUGAACGUCGCACGAUAAUUUCAUUAGACACGUCACAAAUGAAUCGGAUAUUGUGGAUAGAUAGGGACAAUUUGUUGAUAUGCUGCGAAUCAGGCAUAAUUGGUCAAGAUCUGGAACGAUUACUUCGCUCCGAAGGAUUUACAUGUGGUCACGAGCCCGAUUCUUAUGAGUUCUCCAGUUUAGGUGGAUGGGUGGCGACUAGGGCAAGCGGCAUGAAAAAGAAUACGUACGGCAACAUUGAGGAUUUGGUCGUGCGGAUACGAAUGGUCACUGGAAGAACAGAGGAUCCUGUUAUCACUUUGGAAAGAGGUAGUCUGGUACCUCGCGCGUCUUGCGGCCCGGAUUUUGAUCAUAUGAUACUUGGCAGCGAGGGAACGCUGGGUAUUAUCACGGAGGUCGUACUAAAGAUAAGACCGUUGCCACGAGUGGUGAAAUACGGCAGUAUUGUGUUCCCACAUUUUCUGAGCGGUGUUCACGCGUUACGAGAGAUUGCGAAGGAACGAUGUCAACCCGCCAGCAUCCGCUUAAUGGACAACGAGCAGUUCCAAAUGGGGCAAACUCUACGCCCGGAAUCUGGUUGGGGCGGCUUGAUCCUGCAAGGAUUAAAACAUAUGUACAUCACUAGAAUAAAGGGUUUCCGAUGGGAUCAGAUAUGCGUGGCCACGCUAUUGAUAGAGGGCGACGUAGCAGCGGAUGUUGCGGCUCAGGAACGGAAAAUUUACAAGAUAGCUGAUAAGUACGGUGGGAUACCGGCAGGCGAGGCGAACGGUGAACGAGGUUACAUGUUAACAUUCGUGAUAGCGUACAUCCGUGACAUUGGACUCGAGUUUAACGUGUUAGCAGAAUCGUUCGAGACUUCUGUUUCUUGGAACCGCGCAUUAUCACUGUGCCGAAAUGUUAAGUCUCGCGUGGCCAGGGACUGUAAGGCGUACGGCGUUCGUAAAUAUUUUAUUUCCUGCCGCGUCACGCAGACUUAUGACGCGGGUUGUUGCGUGUAUUUUUACUUGGCGAUUAGCUACGCAGACAUGGAGAAUCCCGUGGAAACUUACGAGGCCAUCGAGCAUGCGGCGCGAGAGGAGAUACUCGCCAAUGGAGGAUCGCUCUCCCAUCAUCAUGGAGUAGGUAAAAUACGCGCGCCGUUUUAUCCCGAAGCCGUCGGGGAAGUGGGUGUUUCGCUUUAUCGAGCGACUAAGGCGCACUUGGAUCCGCAUAAUAUAUUCGCAGCGGGUAAUAUGGUUUCAGGGAAUAAAUCCAAAUUGUGAAUUAAAAGCCGUACGUGCGACAUAGUGGGGAAUCUAUAGAGCUAUUUCGUAUACUCCGUUAGUGCCGAUAUCUUAAAUCAUUGAAAAGUUUGAUUGUAGCAAAUUGAUGUGAUCUCGUAUACCUUCGACCAAAAGUUACGAUAUCUCAUCAACUUGCCAUUAAGAUUGUUCCAUGUGAUGUUUUCUAAUGAAGAAUUCGAUUUUCUCAUUAUAAUGGCGAAUGCACGUAGAUAGCAACUGGUAUUGUUGUUUGCUGAUUCGUAAUGAUAUAGAGAAAAAAAAGAGACUAGUAUAAUAUACAUUAUAAAUAAUUAUGCACCGUGGCGUCGUUUGGUACAAAUGCGGAAUUGUAAUUGUAUAUAUCGGCAUUUUUAUAAAUUAUUAUAACUAAACAAAACACACGUUUACCUUACGCACAGAUACCUUAAUUUAUCUCUACUUACUAUCAACUAUAGGUUAUUUGAGUUUAGGUACGAUGAUAAUGUCAUUUUCCUUAUUGUUAGAAUUAACAACUUGUGUUCCAUUGUAACAGGGCUAGAUUUGUUAACUCUUAAUCAGGCGUAGUUUUUAUUAUUAAUACGUAAAUUACGUAAGUGAUCACUUUUGGCCAUUGGGAAUAUGCUACAAUUACUGGAACUAUACGCAACCAAGAGUUAACAACCGGA